AUGGACAACCAACGAUGUAUUAUUUUAUGCAGCUAUGUAGCUAUGUAUUUACAUUUUAUUGCAAGUAGAAUUAUCUACUACUGGAACAACAAUUGUGUAAUUUUCUGCUCACAGUAUAAGAUCUUUCUAGUAGCAUGUACCUUGUUUUUUGAAAAUUUUAAAAUAAAUACGUUAAAAUGACUUUCAAAUUUUCUAGUUUUUCAUUUCUUGAUUACAUGCUAUGCAUGUUGCUAAUUCAGAGUGCGAUAAUUAAGGCAGAAUACAACGAAGACGAAAUAGACCUGAUACUAACCUCAACUCAGAAAGAAAGAUUGGACAAGUUUAAACAGUUGAUGGGUCCUCAGUUACCGCAAGAUUACAUGAAAGAAGAUAUUUAUUUGGUGAAAUGGUUGAAAGUUAAUGAUUUUGACAUACCCAGUGCAACCCGAAUGCUUCUUGAUAACAUCGCAUGGAGAAAAGAAAAUCGGAUGGACAAAAUUCUGGAGGAGGAUUGGUCAGAUCUGAAUGACGAGUACAAAUUUGUCAUUGAAGGUUGCGAUUAUGAAGGCAGGCCUACUGCCGUUGCCUAUGUUGGUGAUUGGGAUUUGAGGAAGCUCGUAAUCGCUGGGAAGGGUCGUCGCGUAAUGCGAUAUGUGGACAAAUUGUAUGAAGAAUCUAACAAAAUCUUGAGAAAUAUGCAGGGCGGAGGGUCCAAUUCCACAAGAGCCAAUCUAAUUCUAGAAGUCUCCAGGUUCAACGUUCGACAACACUUUUGCCCAGGAUGUGCUCCAAUUUUGGGUCACUUGGUGUCUACAUUACAUCGACAUUUCCCACUUACCGUCAAUUUCUUGAUUGUUCUGAACACACCACAACUUGCACUUCCGAUUUGGGACUUUGUGAAACCCUUGAUGCCAAAAAAAUCUCAAGAGUUUGUCUUCAUUUACGGAACCAACCAAAACGAAUGGCAUAAGGCGUUGUGGGAGAAACACAGAAUUGACGCCAACAAGAUGAGUCGAGCAUUAGGGGGAGAAGGUCAAGAUGGAUUGGAUUUCAAUACAAUUGCAGAUAACAACCACUACUACCAAUGCCCGACCACACCUUAGUUUUUCAGCAAUAUGAUUUAUUAAAUUGAUUUGCUUUACAUUUGGUCACAAAUUAAAUAUUAUUUUAAAACUA